AUGCCUUUUCUUGUAGGAAAAGAAGUCGGUCCUACCGGCUAUGGCACCAUGGGCAUGACAUGGAGACCGCAACCUCCAGCCCAAGAAGUGUGCUUUGAAACACUCAACACUACUCUUGAGCUGGGUGCCAAUUUCUGGAAUGGUGGCGAGCUUUACGGUACUCCGGAGUACAACUCCCUGCACUUGCUCAACAAGUAUUUCACCAAGUACCCAGAGAACGCAGAGAAAGUCGUUCUCAGCAUCAAGGGCGGACUAAAGAAGGGAGUUCUCAUCCCAGAUGGCUCAGAAGAGAAUAUCCGUCGCAGUGUGGACGAGUGUCUGCGUCUGCUCGACGGCAAGAAGAAGAUUGACAUUUUCGAAUGCGCACGUCAGGACCCGCAGGUCCCUGUCGAGCAGACUAUCGACGUCCUCGCACAAUACGUUAAGGAAGGGAAGAUUGGUGGAAUUGGAUUGAGUGAGGUUGAUGCCGGGACGAUCCGCCGAGCACACAAGGUGCACCCGAUUGCAGCCGUUGAGGUCGAGAUGUCGAUGUGGUCGACCGACAUUCUAGAGAACGACGUCGCCAAAACUUGUGCAGAGCUCGACAUCCCCAUUGUCGCCUACUCGCCUCUCGGGCGUGGUGUCCUGACUGGAGCUGUGAGCUCGCUGGCGGAUAUUCCCGAAGGUGACAUCCGUCACCAUAUGUCCCGAUUCAAGGAAGAGAACUUCCAGCAGAACCUUAAGCUCAUCAAUGAGGUCAAGGAAUUAGCGAACCGCAAGGGUGCUGCGCCGGCCCAGAUCGCACUUGCUUGGGUGCGCAGCCAGAGUGGCCGGCCCGGUAUGCCUACUAUUAUUCCUAUUCCCGGUGGUACUACGAAGGAUAAGGUGAUUGAGAAUAUGAGUGGUACACAGGUAUUGAGUGAUGCAGAACUGGCUGAGAUUGAUGCUAUCUUGAAGAGUAAUGUUGUUGCUGGUGCUCGGUACUAA